AUGGUGCGCACACAGUUUCCGCUCCCGUUCGCAUCGGCGCUGCUCGCGCUGCUCAGCCUCGCCGCCGCGCCGGGCGCCCACGCCGCGCAGCCCAAGAACGCGAUCCUGCUGUCGCAGGUGCAGUCGCUGACGCUGCGGGCGGGGCAGGCGACGAGCCACCGGCGCGUGGCGGCGGCGCCGCAGCUCAAGUGCGUGUCGGCGGGCCCCGUGUGCGCGCUGCACGCCGUCGACACGAUGCGGUGCGUCAACCAGGGCGCGGGCUACGCGGCCGAGGACAUCCAGUGGUCGUGCACGGCGUCGCUGCCGCCCGAGCUCAAGCUCGGCGCCACCGACGUCGUCUGCGAGGGCUACGCCUCCCCCGACGACCCCUACGUCCUCAAGGGCAGCUGCGGCGUCGAGUACCGCCUCAUCCUGACCGACGAGGGCGAGCGCCGCUACCCCGAGAUCGCCAACGGCGGCGGCUGGGGCUGGGGUGGCGGUGGCAAGAAGAAGCAGAAGCCCGCGGCCGGCUCUGGCUCCGGCGCCGGGGAGACCGACUGGAGCGGCGUGCUCUUCAUGAUUGUCUUCGUCGCGGUGCUCGCCUGGAUCGUGUACGGAGCCUGCGUGGCGGCGGGUGGGAACGGCCCUAACCGCCGGCCAGCGACACGGAGGCCACGCAACGGUGGCGGAACCGGGGGCUGGGGACCUGGUGGCGGCGGUGGUGGAGGAGGCCCGUGGGGAGACGACGACCCGCCGCCGCCGUACCCCGGCAGCGGCUCCAAGCCGUCAUCGUCGUCGCGACAGCAGGAGGGCUGGCGGCCUGGCUUCUGGUCGGGGGCGGCGAGCGGGGCGGCGGCCGGGUACUUUGCGGGCCAGCGGGGCAGCCGACAGCAGCCGCGCCAGCAGGACUACGGCAGUGGUUGGGGAGGCGGGAGCAGCGGCGGCUGGGGCGGCAGCAGCGCCGGGUCGUCGAGCUCGGGAUCGAGCAGCGGCGCCAGACACGAGAGCACGGGCUUUGGCGGGACCAGUCGACGGUAA